AUGCAAGUCAAGUUGGAUAAACUGUAUAUCAAUGGCUGCAGAACUGAUAACAGGUACUUGCGCAUACCAAUGAGUAUUCUGCAAGGUGGUGGACUUAAUCUACGCAAUUCCGAUGGCAGCCUCAUGGCCUUUGUCUGUUCAUCACUACCUGAAGCCAUUCGUCGUAGCCUCACCAGCAGCUUGCUCGCAUGCUUCGAUGGAAAGGAAGUCUUGCAAAUGCGUCACAAGCAAGACUACUUUGACGAUCAAGAUUCUCGUGAUUGUCUACACUUUUCUCUUUGGAAUCAAUACUCAACUAUGGGAGCUGGUGCACCCACACAUAUUCACCCACAUGAGAUGGCUAGAGUUGAUGUUAGCCGCACCAAUCAUACUCAGUGUUUGCCCUAUGCUUCGAAAGACGUUUUAGAGCAUCAAGAAGUCUAUAACAAUGUUCAGGCUGCAUUCAGUGAACUUUUUGAAUGGUUGGAGCAUGUGAUGAAGACGUACUUACCAGAAGAGUAUGAAGUCAUUGUCAAACUCAGUCAAAACCUCCCAGGUGGAGAAUGCUCACCAGUGGCUCCAUUUCUAUCUCUGGUCAUUAACCUCAAUGUCACCACCGAGGGUCACCAUGAUAGGUUUGAUAAGGACAUGUGCCUUGUCUUGCCCAUCGGCGAGUUCAAGGGUGGGGCUUUAGUGCAGUUUGAGCAGGGGUUGGUGUUAGAGCUACGAUGUGGCGACUUCAUCAUCUUUCCCUCCAAUGACACCACUCAUUUUAACCUACACUAUGAGGGCAAGAGGGCAUCUUUUGUCUUGCAUACUGACAAAGGCUUUGAUAAGUGGAAGGAAGGGCAUAAUGGAUGGGCCGUCAACAAUCACUUUCACUGA